AUGGACCGAUCGCAGCCUGUGUAUCAAUGGAUACCUCCACAGAAACCUCAAGCUUUAGGUUUAUUAAAAAAUAAAUUGGAUUUGUCAUAUAAAGUAUCACACAACCCUUAUACUCAACACAGAGCUUUGCGGAUAUUACAACCUGGGACAGAACUUAUUGGAAAUUAUAUGUGGGUUGUAUCAACGUUUCUAGCCGAGGAUGAAAAAACACGCCCCAUGACAAUUUUUG